CAAGAUCUUGGCAGCUCACCCACCAGAGAGCAUAACUCACGCUUGCUGUCUACGGCAGUUGAUCUGACACUCUGGAUAGUGCUGUUCGUGCUGAGCUCUGCUACUCUACACAGAGGAGAGCGUCCAGGAACCUCCUCUCUGCACAGAGCCAAUACCUGCCAAGAUGCUGAUCUUGUCAAGUUUCAGAAGGCAGCAUCUUAGCAGGAUCACAGCCCUGCUCUUGAAUCUAUUGGUGUUACAUAUAUAAGAGGGGACGAGGCACGAUGGUGUUUGAGAAAAGGUCUUGUCUGUAGAUAUCUAGAUCAGCCCCCGUUCUAUGCAACUCGUUGGAGAGAAGAAUCACUCGUGCCAUCUUACACAUCAGCUUCUUACCUAAAACCGCCACCAAUAUCACGACCAACACAAUGAGCCAAGCAACCCUUCGCACCAGUCGUCUCGAACUACGGCCUCUCGGGCACGAGCACGGAGAUCAUAUUUAUCUGCUCGACUCGAAUCCGGAAGUCAUGAAGUACAUCGGAUACGGCAAGCCACUCACGGCCGAUGAGUCGACGAUUGUGCACAAACUGCUCCUCGAGACAGCAUCAUUUGGGUCUGGCCUUGGAUGCUGGGCUGGAUUUGCUGGGGACGAUUUUGUGGGCUGGUGGGUGCUGGCGCCCAGUCAAAGCAACGACGAUCCGCCUCAGGUGAACAAGAAGCGAGUCGAGUUCGGCCUAAGGAUCCUUCCCAAGUUUUGGGGUCAGGGGUUCGCCAAAGAGGGUUCUCGAGCGCUGGUCAAGCAUGGUCUCGAGGACCUCGGCGUGGAAGAGGUCUUUGGUGAAACCAUGGCCGUGAACCAAGGGUCCCGAGCUAUCAUGGCAAAAAUUGGACUCAAGCAUGUUCGAACGUUCCACAACAAGUACGACAAUCCUCCUCCGGGAAUCGAGGAGGGUGAGGUGGAAUAUCGAGUCACGAGGGGUGAAUGGUCAUCACAACAAGCAUGUGCUGCGUAGUCGAUGGUGUUGUAGUAGCGUUAGACAUCAUCUCCAAUAACUGCUUGAGCGUUUUCUGAUUUAAAAUCUUGUUUAUUUAUAUGCAUUGUGACAUGAAUUUCAAAAUAACGGC